CCUCUGCAAUCGCAGUUUGUUUUCGCGGCGGCGAGCACGUUUAACCUCCGUUAAUUGAUUGAUUAAGCACGGCUACGCUGAUCCAUAAAAGGACAUUCGCUCGAUUGUUUUGUCUGAACAAAUCCGACAAAAGCUGAAAAACAGCUGUGCUGUGGAAAGUUUGGCCAAUUAAACUCUAUAAAACAUCAGAACAAGAAUUGCAGAACAGUCAACCAAGAAGGGCGCAACAACUAAAGGAGAAGAAGAAGAAGAAAAGAGGAGGAGGAGGAGGAAAAGAAGAAGAAAAGGCAGGCAGACGACGAACAAAAGGCAAGGAGAAACGCAAACAAUCACAACAAGAGGAGAGAAAGGGACACAAAAUGACGGACGAGUGCAUAACCAGAAACUACGGAGUUUUUAACUCAAACGGAGCGGGAAAUCGGGGCAGCAUUAUAGCUGAUAAUACAGAUGCCAAGGGCUGUACGGAAUCGGUUGUUGUCGGUGGUGCAACUGCAACGAGCGCCUCCCCCCUUCCGGCCAACAAGUUUGUAGCCCGAAUGCCCGUUGAGCGAUAUGCAAGCGAAUAUAAUAUGAAUCACAAGAACCGCGGGCUGGCCCUGAUCUUCAAUCAUGAACUCUUCGAUAUACCUUCGCUGAAGAGUCGCACAGGGACGAAUGUGGAUGCCAAGGAGUUGGAAAAGGCGUUGACUGCCCUGGGAUUCACGGUGACUGUGUACAAGGACUGCAAGUUGAGGGAUAUCCUGAAGAACAUUGAGAAGGCCGCCGUGCAGGAUCACACAGAUAAUGACUGCCUGGCGGUGGCAAUCCUCUCCCACGGGGAACACGGCUACCUAUAUGCCAAGGAUGUGCAGUACAAGCUGGAUAAUAUAUGGCACUACUUCACUGCCACCUUUUGUCCCUCGUUAGCGGGCAAACCAAAGAUGUUCUUCAUCCAAGCCUGCCAGGGCGAUCGUUUGGACGGAGGAAUAACCCUCGAGAAGAGCGUUACCGAAACAGAUGGGGAGUCCUCAAUGAGCUACAAAAUACCCAUACACGCAGACUUCCUCUUCUCUUACUCGACUAUUCCGGGUUACUUCUCCUGGCGCAACAUCAACAACGGGUCCUGGUACAUGCAGUCGCUGAUCCGGGAGCUAAAUACCAAUGGCAAAAAGUACGACAUGCUCACCCUGCUCACAUUCGUCAACCAGCGUGUAGCCCUAGACUUUGAGUCGAACGUGCCCACCACUCCGAUGAUGGAUCGCCAGAAGCAGAUACCGUGCCUCACCUCCAUGCUAACGCGUAUACUGCGCUUCGGGGACAAACCGAAGGGCAACAAGGCUGGCUAAAAGAGAUCUCUUUUUUAAAAUUGGUUGUACAACCUUAUCCCACAAUCAUUCACUUUGGAUUCCACUUCACUUCAAGUCUAGUUUUAAGUGACGCGUGCCAUUAUCCUGAAGGAUAUGCGGUACCUUGAUCGCUUUCCAUUUCCCUUACCCACCCAUUUCUGGCCUUAUCAAUGACGAAAUUCGUUACUCACUUAAUAUUAUGAUUUCCCUAAAUAUAAGAAACAAACACUUGCCAAUCAACAAACCCACAAAUUUGAGAUAAGAUUAUACAAUGAAGAUUUAUACAUUUAAACGCAAACAUAUAUAUUUGAUAUGAAUACAA